CUAUGGACAGGACCGUUGUGAUAAAAUUUGCUCCACUGUUUUCGGUGGCAUUAGAAAAAGGAGAGUCAGCCGUAUACCGUUAGAACAAUGGCAGUGGAAGAAAUGGCCAGAGACGCAGAUUUUGGAGCUUUCAUGGACAAAUUUACACUGCAGCCGACCCCCUCUUCUCAUCCACCCACUUUAAGUGGCCUCACUUUCGCGGUUAAAGACAUAUUUGAUGUGGAUGGAUAUGUAACUGGAUUUGGAAAUCCUGAUUGGGCAAGGACUCAUUUGGCUGCCACAUCAACAGCUCCAGCGGUUUUGGCUGUCCUGAGGGGAGGUGCUUUAUGUAUUGGUAAAACUGUCAUGGAUGAAAUGGCAUACAGUAUAAAUGGAGAAAAUAUACAUUAUGGGACACCCAAGAAUCCAUGUGCACCUGAGCGGAUACCUGGAGGAUCUUCUAGUGGAUCAGCUGUUGCAGUUGCCGCAAAGCUUGCAGAUUUUUCCUUGGGAACUGACACUGGAGGAAGUGUAAGAGUCCCUGCAUCAUAUUGUGGAAUUUUUGGGUUUCGGCCUUCACAUGGUUCUGUUUCGACUUCUGGAGUAAUACCUAUGGCACAGAGUUUUGAUACUGUGGGAUGGUUUGCUAGGGAUCCUACAAUUUUGAAGCAAGUUGGUCAUGUUCUGCUGGGGUCAUCUGAUAUGCAUCACGGCAGACCUAGUCAGGUGAUCAUUGCUGAAGAUUGCUUACAACUUUCAAGCAUUCCAACUGAUUCGACAACACAAGUUCUUGUUAAAGCAGUGGAGAAACUAUUUUGGGGUCAUAUUGUUAAAAAUGUAAUUCUUGGGGACUAUGUCAAGGACAAAGUUCCAAGUUUGAAGCAUUUCAUUGAUGAAGGAAGCAAUGAUCAAGAGUACACUAUACCAUCCUUGGCAGCCCUUUCAAGUGCUAUGAGGUUGCUACAAAGGUGUGAAUUCAAGAAUAACCAUGGUGACUGGGUGACAACAGUCAAACCUGAUUUAGGUCCGGGGCUAUCAGAACGGAUAUGGGAAGCUGUGAGAACAUCGGCAGAUAACAUUGAUGUCUGUCAUAAUGUAAAGACAGAAUUGCGUGCUGCUCUUACUACUCUUCUUGGGGAUGGUGGCGUCCUUGUUAUCCCUACAGUUCCAGGUCCUCCACCAAAACUACAAAUGGAUGCAACUGCAUUGGAAUCUUUUCGUGCCAGGGCUUUUAGCUUGCUUUCCAUUGCUGGAGUAUCUGGAUUCUGUCAGGUGAGCAUACCACUUGGGAUGUAUGAUAACCUUCCUGUGGCAGUUUCCUUGUUGGCGAAACAUGGUUCCGAUGAAUUCUUGCUCAACCUUGUCGAAACUCUUCAUGACAGCCUCAAAGAAGAGCUUAAAGCUUCCGAGCAAACAAAAUUACUGAACUAAGUGGACUGUUUAAUUAUCUGUAAGUUUCAUACCACUCUUAAAGAUAGAAAAUUGAGCUUAUAUUCCGUCUGCAACUUUUUCAAUUUUUAAUUCCUACAAACAAGUAUGGAGGUGUAACUAGAAAUUUAGAACUAUGAAACUAUGUAUAAAUAAACUUGUUUAGGAUCCA